AUGUCAGGAGAGUCUUCUUCCGGAUGCAGAAGUCCACCUGCGGAGGAACAGUCGGCAAAUCAGGGAUACGUGUUUCCUGAGGGUAAAGUAAUGCCGAACACCAUUUUUGUCGGAGGGAUUGAUGUUCGGAUGGAUGAGAUGCAGAUUAAAGACUUCUUUUCUAAAUAUGGAGUAGUGAAAGAAGUGAAGAUCAUUACUGACCGGUCCGGGGUUUCUAAGGGAUAUGGCUUUGUUUCCUAUUGUGACGAUGUUGAUGUCAAGAAAAUAGUAGAAUCACAGAUCAAUUUUCACGGAAAGAAACUGAAGCUUGGACCAGCCAUAAGAAAGCAGAAUUUGUGCACCUAUGUACAGCCAAGACCAGUUGUCAUUAACACUCCUGCGCCUCCCUAUCCCAGCAUGUGGAGCCCUCCUGUAUCUGAUCCAUAUAUUCAGCAGGCACCGGUUUUUAGUCCAGUGACUCAGUAUAUGCAGACUUGUCCUUACCCAAGCAACACACAGAUCAUGUAUCCGAUACCAGUGGGACCGUCACAUGGAUAUUACCAAUACCAAAAAAGCCUGCAGGGAAAAGCCCUGACUCUGCUCCUCACCCUGAAGUGA